AUGCCAUCCACAGGAAAUCGAUCAUCCACUACGGAUCUGCGACGAUCUGGUGAUCCUAACCGUAGCUGCGGACCCACGAUUAUGGAAAUUAUCUCAACGGACGAUAAGCUGAAAACAUUUCCUGCCUUUUCUGGGCCUGCGCCGCCAAUGCAUCGCAUUCCUCCCGAUAGAUCGCAUGGUCCACCGAGUGUGCCGGGAAUGUACGAACAGCCAUGGCGCCAUUAUCCACCCUACGAAGGCCACCCUGCAGAACAACGUCGAACAUCUACUGCUCCUCCGCCAUUAUCUUCACAUGGCUACCCUGUUAUCCCGAAUCGCGAACUGCCGCAGCUUCCUCCCAACGGCCCGUAUAGCCGACAGGGAAGCCUAACGGGCCCAAAACACACACCGACGGAAGCGCAUCCAUCGUUCCGGGGUCCCAUGAACGGGACACCUCAUGAACCGGCACCGCAUUCUGCGCCGCCUGAGUAUCGAUCUCGGAUGUCUUUUACUCCUCAAGAGCCACCCAGUAAUGGCGAUGCUCCGCCUCCAUUACCACCGCACUCAAUUCCCCCGGCUCCAUAUUCUACUCCUGUUCCGCCUAUGUCUCAUACACCAGCCCCGUAUGAUUCUAGCUACUACCAAAGCCAGGCCUAUGGCAUUCGCCAGCGCAAGGCCGCACGAGCACAGCAGGCUUGCGAUCAAUGCCGAGCGAGGAAAGCAAAGUGCGAUGAAGGUCGACCGUCAUGUAGUCAUUGCAAGGAAAACAACUUGAACUGCGUUUACAAAGAAGUCCCUCCGCAUAAACAAGCAAAGGCGACCCAGCUCUUAUUAGAUCGAUUGCAGUCAUUCCAAGACGCUAUAUUAGAUAGAUUCGAUCGCUUAGACCAGCUGAAUACGGAGCACGGGAACAAUUUCAACUCUAUCCUGGCAAAGAUAGACGCCAAAUCCGCACCCAAGGAACCACGGAAACCGGCAGUCCCGCAAUUAGCAAAGAAGGAUAUAAUCGAUAUCCAGAAAUUCAGAGCUAAGAAUAAGAAUAUUGUUACAAUACAGGAGCAGAUACCAGAACCAAGUGAAACGACUACAGAGCAAGUUGUUCCUUCUGGUGAGGAUAGUGAGCUCUCAAUCCCUGUAGAACAUACAACGGCGGCUCAGAAGUUGCUGUUGUGGCCUUCUAUUCGGAAUCUUCUUCGUCCAAGAGAAUACGAUGAGGAUUUUGUGAUGAAACUUGAAGAAAAAAGGGGCUUGAUCCGUGUCUAUGGUCGUGGAGAGGGAGAUGAGACUAGUGAAGAUAAUGGCAUGUGCUCACCCCCAACAACCUUGAGCACUAGCUUCAAUGAAAAUCAGCCAUACUACCCGGCAUCCCCCCCUAAUGGACCUUGGGGGGUGUACGUGAACCAACCCCAGACUAAACUUGAGAACAAAGGGCUUGACGAGGACGGCAUGCUAACCGCGGACCCUGAUAUGGUUCGUCGCUAUCAUAAAAGCUAUAUGAAACAUAUGCACCAGCUUCAUCCAUUUCUUGAUCAAAGUGACUUGGAGAACAAGGUCGAUCAUUUUAUCAGUAUGUACUGCCCAUUGAAAGGUCCUGUGCGGUCCCCAGGAGUACUGAACAAUCGCAUGAAUAAUAUGCCUCGAGGCGCAAAACGAAAGCGUUCAUGCGAAAAUCUACAAGGUGUGGGAUGCUAUGUGCAGUCUGCUGCGGAACAGUGUAGCGGCCGGCGUAUAGAAAGAUCUAUCCAUAAUGCUAUUAUUCUUCUAGUUCUCGCACUUGGCAGUAUCUGCGAGGCCGAUCCUGUGCCCGGCCCCGUCACAGACCAGCCUGUGGACUUCCGAAAACAGAAAAUACCUGGUCCUACGCACGAUAUAAUAUCUCCCACAGGUUCAGGUUCAAAUUCCUUUCCUCGGUCGCAAGGUAGCGGCUAUGUCACGGAAAGUCAAGCCUCUGCAUCUGCUUCAUUAGCAGGCAAUCGACACAGCGGUGUCGAGGGGAACCCAAUACCCCAAGACAAAAACUUGGAUUAUAUUCCUGGCUUAGCAUUUUACGCAUAUGCUACCCAGAUCCUUGGAAGUCUCCAAGGAGCAAAUGGACUGCCUCACAUUCAAGCAGCGUUAUUAGCAGGGCUUUACGCAGGCCAGCUAGCGCACCCCUUCCAGAGCCACGGAUGGAUUUAUCAAGCCUCCAGGGCUUGCCAAGUUUUGGUUCGAUCAAAGCGUUACACACAGAUGCCUGAUGGCCCCGAGAAGGACCUUGUUGAUUUUGCGUACUGGACCUGUUUUCAGCUGGAGAGUGAUAUUCUAGCAGAACUUGAUCUUCCCGCUAGCGGCAUAUCCCGCUCGGAAGCUCGCAUCUCCUUACCAAAGGGACGGUUUACUCUUAACCUUCCGAAUGAAGUUUCCACCCCAAGUACUACGAUGAUGUUUUACUAUUCCGCCCAGAUCUAUCUAAGAAAGGUUCUCAACCGUGUUCAUACUGAGUUGUACAAAGUUAACAAACAAGGACACACCCAUUGGUCCUCUCACAUUCAAGAAAUCUUGAGUACGAAUCUUGAACUUUGGCGAAACAGUCUGCCUCCUGCAAUGAGGUGGAAAGACACAGAUCCACCAUCAGAGGAGCUUACCGUUGCGCGGAUGCGAGCUAAGUACUAUGGUGCACGUUAUAUUAUCUAUCGUCCUUCACUUUAUCACGCCCUUCAUUACUAUGGACAAAUACACCUUCGUGCACCAUCGGCUGAGUUGUCUACUGAGGCUACUGCUAACACUGCUUCCAAAUCACAGCAAAUAUCACCAUCAUUGAACUCUGGUCAUGGUGACACGAACAAGGCACGUCUGUCAAGUGAUAUAGGUCCUGUAUCUGAGCUUACGGAGAUUGCACACCGCGACUUGCCCACAAAGCUACGAAGAGCUUGUAAAGCUUGCAUUGAUUCAGCUAUACAAAGUACAGUGGCCUUUGAUGGCAUAAAUGGUCGUCCAGUGGUUACCAACAUUUUUGGUACCGCCCAUGCACAAUUUGAUAACAUCCUCUCCGAAUUAGUGGAUCGAAACGAGCUCGAGAAACUUCUUAAGCGAACAAUCGACUUCUUACUGCAGAGCCGUUAUAUUUCUCCUAGUCUCCGAGCUGAUGCCCGAAUUCUUACUGAAAUAUACGUGAAAAUAUUUGGGAAUCCUUCGGAGUGGAGGGAUCCAACUAAUUAA